AAAUCUGUUGUCUUAAACUGUCUUUAGCCCUUUGAUUUCUGUUGGCAUGCUUAUAAACUUAGUUUUGUUUUAAACAUCCCCUUUGUGUAGAGGUUGGGUUGAAAACCUAGAUGCCAUAUUCUUCAUCUUUAUAAUACAAGUUUUCUUUCCAGGUAGAAGGACAAGAAAAUAAUGAGCCAUUGCCAUAGAAACACAAAGGGUUAAAGGUUUCUCUUUUCUUUUUGUUUUGGGUUGUGCAUUAUACUUGAACAACUUGUGUAUUGAGUGCUCAGUCUUUCAGUACCUUGAAAGCUUUCGUUCCAAGUCAUAGAUUAACAGGGCUAUUGCUUUUGAAAUGCUAGUUCUCAAAAUAGAGCACCUGAUUCUUGCCAUCUUACGUAAACUUAGGUGGUAUAGCUAAAAGAAAAAAGAGCCUAUAUAAGACUUUGAUACUAUUAAUAGUUCAAGUCUGUUCAGAUAAUUUUAGAAUGUGAGUGAGGAAGAGGGGUAUAGUGGGUCUGAUGAAAAAUUUCUUGAGGCGAGCAAGUUUCACUUGUGGAAGUGAGGUGCCUGUUGGCUUAAAAUCAACAGCUGUUUUGCAGGUUUUACAAAUUAGAAUUGCAGCCUGCAUGAAUUACUAGGGAUAUUACUUAUUUUACUUGCUUAAUUGUAAUUUAUAUAAACAUGUAUUGUCAGAAUUCACAGGCCCAUACUAACUGUCCUUAAUUUCUUUCCUACAGCAGUACUGCUAUAUGCCAGUCCUGUCUGCAUUCUUAAGGGUGCAGUUCAACACAUCCUGUGUAGAUUAUGGUGAAAAAGUAUUCCAAAGGAAAGUCCUAUCAAAGCUAGUGUCAGAGUGACACAGCCAAUUGGGCAGUGAUCUUCAGCAUAGAAAUGUUUAAGAAUUUUAUUUUUUUCCUAAAUUAUAAUGCUAUACCACUUGUAUAGCAAAUCUGCACAUUCUUUUUUAAUUAAUAGCAUUUUUCUUGACAAGUCUUAAUUUUUAUGAAGUUGGGCUUCUUGUAAAGUAUGUAAAAGUUAAAUUUUAACUCAAGAUACAGAGCAUAAAACAACAAAUGGUACACAAAACCCAUUACCUGUGAGUAUCGUUGUGGUGGUAUAUGUACUGUAUUACAUUCAGAUCCCAAUCGCAAUUGUUCUUUGAAAAGAGGGGGAAGGUGCUAUCAGUUUCCUGGGAUUUUUUGCUUUUUUAAAUGAAGCCCUUUUACGUUAUGACACUGGAAGAUCUGGGAGAUGUGUCCAGAUUUGUCAAACUUGUAAAUGGGUCCUUACGAUAAAGCAUUUUAAACAUUACUUAGGUAUGCAAUAGUUGUUUAUAGUCAGAUAACUACUAGGAUUUAACAGCUUGCACAAGGUAAUGUUUUGAAUAUAAAUAUCUUUCCAAAGUGUUACUAAUGGUAAAGAGAUAAUUUUCUAGGCUUCUAUUCUGCUGCUUGAAGUCAGAACUGCUGAUGGAGACAAAGGCACGAAAGUGAGGGAAGACACCAGACCCUAAAAUGAAUGCCAGAACAUACAUGGAUGUUAUGCGUGAACAGCAUUUAACAAAGGAAGAGAGGGAAAUUAGGCAACAGCUAGCUGAAAAAGCUAAAGCUGGAGAGCUUAAAGUCGUCAAUGGAGCCGCAUCUCAGCCACCUUCAAAACGCAAGCGGCGUUGGGAUCAGACAGCUGAUCAGACUCCUGGUGCGACACCUAAAAAGUUAUCCAGUUGGGAUCAAGCAGAGACUCCUGGACAUACACCAUCUCUGCGAUGGGAUGAAACUCCAGGCCGUGCAAAGGGUAGCGAAACUCCUGGUGCCACCCCUGGCUCAAAGAUCUGGGAUCCCACUCCCAGUCACACGCCGGCAGGAGCUGCAACACCUGGACGAGACACACCCGGUCAUGCAACACCAGGCCACGGAGGUGCCACGUCCAGUGCACGUAAAAACCGAUGGGAUGAAACACCUAAAACAGAAAGAGAUACUCCGGGACAUGGCAGUGGAUGGGCUGAGACUCCUCGUACAGAUAGAGGUGGUGAUUCCAUUGGUGAGACACCGACCCCAGGAGCAAGUAAAAGAAAGUCACGAUGGGAUGAAACACCUGCUAGCCAGAUGGGUGGCAGCACUCCUGUUCUGACACCUGGCAAAACACCCAUUGGUACACCAGCUAUGAACAUGGCAACUCCUACGCCGGGUCAUAUCAUGAGCAUGACUCCUGAACAGCUGCAGGCUUGGCGUUGGGAGAGGGAAAUUGAUGAGAGAAACAGACCACUUUCUGAUGAAGAAUUGGAUGCUAUGUUCCCAGAAGGAUAUAAGGUUCUUCCCCCACCAGCUGGUUACGUACCUAUUCGUACUCCGGCGCGUAAACUUACAGCGACUCCCACACCUUUGGGCGGUAUGACCGGAUUCCACAUGCAGACAGAGGACCGCACCAUGAAGAGUGUCAAUGACCAGCCUUCUGGCAAUCUUCCAUUCCUAAAGCCAGAUGAUAUCCAGUACUUUGAUAAGCUGCUGGUUGAUGUUGAUGAAUCGACUCUGAGUCCUGAAGAGCAGAAGGAGAGGAAGAUAAUGAAAUUACUUUUGAAAAUAAAGAAUGGCACACCGCCCAUGAGAAAGGCUGCAUUGAGACAAAUUACUGAUAAAGCUCGGGAAUUUGGAGCUGGGCCACUGUUUAAUCAGAUUCUACCUUUGCUGAUGUCACCGACGCUCGAGGAUCAGGAGCGCCACUUACUUGUCAAAGUCAUAGACAGAAUUCUGUACAAACUGGAUGACCUGGUCCGGCCAUAUGUACAUAAGAUCCUUGUUGUCAUUGAACCACUGCUGAUUGAUGAAGACUAUUAUGCCAGAGUGGAAGGCAGAGAAAUUAUUUCAAACUUGGCUAAGGCUGCUGGUUUGGCAACAAUGAUUUCUACGAUGCGACCUGAUAUUGAUAACAUGGAUGAAUAUGUCCGAAAUACCACAGCUCGAGCCUUUGCUGUUGUUGCCUCUGCUUUGGGCAUUCCUUCUCUGUUGCCGUUCUUGAAAGCUGUCUGUAAAAGCAAGAAGUCCUGGCAGGCGAGGCAUACUGGCAUCAAGAUUGUGCAGCAAAUUGCUAUUCUGAUGGGUUGUGCUAUCUUGCCUCAUCUCAGGAGCUUGGUUGAAAUUAUUGAGCAUGGUCUUGUGGAUGAGCAGCAGAAGGUUCGUACCAUCAGUGCUUUGGCUAUUGCCGCUUUAGCUGAGGCAGCUACUCCCUAUGGUAUCGAGUCAUUUGAUUCUGUUCUGAAGCCCUUAUGGAAGGGUAUACGUCAACACAGAGGAAAGGGCUUGGCUGCCUUUUUGAAGGCUAUUGGUUAUCUGAUUCCACUCAUGGAUGCUGAGUAUGCGAACUAUUAUACCAGAGAAGUCAUGUUAAUUCUUAUCAGAGAGUUCCAGUCUCCUGAUGAAGAGAUGAAAAAAAUUGUUUUGAAGGUGGUAAAGCAAUGUUGUGGUACGGAUGGUGUUGAAGCAAACUACAUUAAAACAGAGAUCUUGCCACCAUUUUUCAAACACUUCUGGCAACACAGAAUGGCAUUGGACAGGAGAAAUUACAGACAGUUGGUGGACACAACAGUGGAGCUGGCAAAUAAAGUUGGAGCAGCAGAAAUUAUUUCUAGAAUUGUGGAUGAUCUGAAGGAUGAGGCUGAACAGUACAGAAAAAUGGUCAUGGAAACAAUUGAGAAGAUAAUGGGAAACCUGGGUGCGGCAGACAUUGAUCAUAAGCUAGAGGAACAACUUAUUGAUGGCAUCUUGUAUGCCUUUCAAGAACAGACCACAGAGGAUUCUGUGAUGCUGAAUGGCUUUGGCACAGUGGUUAAUGCUCUUGGCAAAAGAGUUAAGCCCUACUUGCCACAGAUCUGCGGUACGGUUCUGUGGCGUUUGAACAACAAGUCGGCUAAAGUGCGGCAGCAGGCUGCUGACCUCAUCUCUCGUACCGCAGUUGUCAUGAAGACUUGUCAAGAGGAAAAACUGAUGGGACAUCUGGGUGUUGUGUUGUAUGAGUACCUCGGUGAAGAAUAUCCUGAAGUACUGGGCAGCAUACUUGGAGCGCUUAAGGCUAUUGUUAAUGUCAUAGGUAUGCACAAGAUGACACCGCCUAUCAAAGAUCUGCUGCCGCGGCUUACGCCUAUUCUGAAGAACAGGCAUGAGAAAGUACAGGAGAAUUGUAUCGAUCUUGUUGGGCGCAUUGCAGACAGAGGUGCAGAAUAUGUUUCUGCAAGAGAAUGGAUGAGGAUCUGCUUUGAGCUGCUUGAGUUACUAAAAGCUCACAAGAAAGCGAUUCGAAGAGCCACAGUAAAUACUUUUGGAUAUAUUGCAAAAGCUAUUGGACCUCACGAUGUCUUGGCUACUCUGUUGAAUAACUUGAAAGUACAGGAAAGGCAGAACAGAGUAUGUACUACAGUAGCAAUUGCUAUUGUAGCUGAAACAUGCUCACCGUUCACAGUGCUGCCUGCGCUCAUGAAUGAAUACAGAGUUCCCGAACUGAAUGUCCAGAAUGGUGUGUUAAAAUCUCUUUCUUUCCUGUUUGAAUACAUUGGAGAGAUGGGAAAAGAUUAUAUUUAUGCCGUUACGCCAUUGCUUGAAGACGCUUUAAUGGACAGAGAUCUUGUACACAGACAAACAGCCAGUGCCGUGGUGCAGCACAUGUCUCUUGGUGUUUAUGGGUUUGGCUGUGAAGAUUCUCUUAAUCAUUUGUUAAACUACGUAUGGCCUAAUGUGUUUGAAACUUCUCCGCACGUCAUUCAGGCAGUCAUGGGGGCUCUGGAGGGCCUCAGAGUGGCUAUUGGCCCUUGUCGAAUGUUGCAGUAUUGUUUGCAGGGUUUGUUUCACCCUGCCCGGAAAGUCAGAGAUGUUUAUUGGAAGAUUUAUAAUUCCAUCUACAUUGGCUCACAGGAUGCUCUGAUAGCACACUAUCCGAGAAUCUAUAAUGAUGAAAAGAACACCUAUAUUCGUUAUGAACUUGACUACAUCUUAUAA